CUCGGGCAUGCAGGUGGAGCGGCUUGACUCACACAUACACAGCCGUCGUUUGUACGCCAGGGGAAGGGGAGGCAUUUCACGUCUCUGGACUAUACAAAAGAUAAAAUUUACACUGAGAAGUGUGAAUGUUUAAAAGCGCACUGACUUCGGCGAGGCUGGAGAGGAGGCCUGGUCAAUAAAGGAUUUCUGACAGUGGCAACUGCAUCUAUUCGACUCAUCACUUGAUCAGUGGAAUGCAUAUUUACCCAUUUGGAAGGUGCUGUGGUUUUCUGGGGAAAAGUAAAUCAUGUAUUUGACCUACUACACAUAAAACACUAAAUACAACCACAGCAGUAAUCCUGUUUUCACCAGAGGGUGGGAUGCAUAAAUCGGUCUUUUAACAUGUGGAGUCAACUAGAUUUUUAGGGCAGUUUUAGAUUUCAAAGCACCAAGUACUUUGUGAGGUUUUUUCAGGCUUUCAGUAGUUUUCCCUCAAUGGAGAUACUCAGAGGAGAAUCAAGAUGAAGAAUCAAGUGAAAAGAAACUCUUAAAUACUAGGGGGUUUUAGAAAACUGGGACCUUACUAUUUCGGCAGCGCUAUUUUGGAAAAGGCCAGAUAAAUUAAUACUCUAGACUGGGAAUAAAUCUCUCCUCUGCAGUGGAUUAAUAGAAACAGAACAUUAGAAAAUAAGGGAUUAGCAGCACGGUUGGAAGAUGAGGAACUGGAGAUGCAGUGUGAGGUUUUCGCAGGCCUCUGUGUUGCUCGGACUGAUGGUGGCCGCCGCUGUGACCACAGCCCUGGAGUUUGACGGCCUGCCGGGCCAGUGGGUCCGCUACGGACCCUGGGAAGCAGGUGCAACUGGAGAGCUGAGCUUCACCUUGAAGACCAAUAUCAGCAAAGCCGUAGUGCUGUACCUGGAUGAUGGUGGCAACUGCGAUUUCCUGGAGCUUCUCAUUAACAACGGUCGUCUGCAAUUGCGAUUCGCAAUUCACUGCGGCGAGCCGGCCUCGUUGCACAUGGAGACACACGUUGAUGAUGAGCGCUGGCAUCGUGUGCUGCUCACACGGAAUUAUCGUGAGACCAUGCUAGUGAUGGAUGGAGAGGCCAAAGUGACGGAGGUGAAGUCCAAGCGUAGAGAGAUGAUGGUGGCCAGUGAUUUGUAUGUGGGCGGGAUUCCACCAGAUGUCCGUCUGUCAGCCCUCACAUCUAGCACUGUCAAAUACGAGCCGCCUUUCCGUGGCCUCAUUGCCAACCUGAAGUUAGGAGAGACUCCUCCUGUCCUCCUGGACAGCCAAGGGGUGAAAAAUGAUCUGGAAUACCUGUGUACAAAACAAAACCCCUGCAGCAAUGGAGGACGCUGCUCAAUUCGUGAAAGUGAGGUGCUAUGUGACUGCACCAAUACCGGCUACAUAGGGAAAUACUGCACUGAAGCUCUCCAGCAAGAUUUAGGAGGUCUGGCGCACCUGACGUUAAAGAGCCAAGCCCCAGGAGCAGCUCCUCUGAUGGCCACUCCUGCAGCAGGUAAUCCAGAAUCAGGCCAAGUGGAUUCAGUGGCCACGUUCAAGGGUAACGAGUUCUUCAGCUACGACCUGUCCCAGAAGCCCAUCCAGAGCAGCACAGACGAGAUCACCCUGUCUUUCCGAACGCUGCAGCGAAACGGCCUCCUGCUCCACACCGGCAAGUCUGCCGACUACGUCAACUUGUCUCUGAAGAGCGGAGCCGUGUGCCUGGUCAUCAACCUGGGCUCAGGCGCUUUCGAGGCUCUGGUGGAACCAUCUGACGGCAAGUUCAAUGACAAUGCCUGGCACGUGGUACGCGUGUCCCGCAACCUGCGUCAGCGCGCAGGGGUUGGACUCCCUACGGUAAACAAACUGCAUUAUAUGGUAACAAUAUCAGUGGAUGGGCUGUUGACUACCACAGGCUACACUCAGGAGGACUACACCAUGCUGGGCUCUGAUGAUUUCUUCUACGUGGGUGGCAGUCCAAACACUGCAGAUCUGCCUGGCUCCCCAGUGAGCAACAACUUCAUGGGCUGCCUUAAAGAUGUGGUGUACACCAAUAAUGAGUUCAGACUGGAGCUCUCCCGUCUGGCUGAAUUGCAUAAUCCCAAGAUCACUCUCCAUGGUGACCUGACCUUCCGCUGCGAAGAUGUCACCGCUUUAGACCCCGUCAGUUUCGACACACCAGCUGCCUACGUAACCCUGCCGCGCUGGAACGGCAAGAAAACUGGCUCCGUGUCCUUCGACUUUCGUACUACUGAGCCCAAUGGACUCCUGCUGUUCAGCCAUGGGCAUCAGCAGGGUUUGAAAGACCGCAGACCGAGGGUGGACUUUUUCGCCAUGGAGCUGCUAGAUGGAUUCCUCUACCUGCUCAUGGACAUGGGCUCUGGUAGCAUCAAGAUGAAGGUCGGAAACAAGAAGGUCAAUGAUGGAGAAUGGUGCCACGUGGACUUCCAGAGAGAGGGGAGAAAAGGCUCCAUCUCUAUUAACAGCCGUAGCAUGCCUUUCUCCACCAACGAGGGCAGUGAAGUCCUUGAUCUGGAUGGAGAAAUGUACCUGGGGGGUUUGCCCGAGGACAGCGGCAGUCUCCUUCUCCCCCCAGAAGUGUGGACCGCCCCCCUCAGGCUGGGCUUUGUAGGUUGCGUGCGGGACCUCUUCGUAGAUGGGCGCAGCAAGGACCUGCGGCAGUUGGCGGAGCUUCAGAGCGCUCCAGGUGUUAGCAGCUUCUGCACGAGGGAGACCCACCGAAGGUGUAGCUCCGAAUCCUGCACCCACAGAGGCCGCUGUCACGAGGGCUGGAACCGGCACAUCUGUGACUGCACUGGAACUGGAUAUCUGGGCCCCAACUGCGAGAUGGAGUCUGCAGUGCUGAGUUAUGAUGGCAGCAUGUUUCUGAAGGUCCUGAUGCCUCACACUGUGAACACUGAGGCUGAGGACGUGUCUCUGCGCUUUAUGUCUCAGAGGGCUUACGGUCUGCUCAUGGCCACCACCUCCAAAGAGUCUGCCGACACCCUGCGCCUGGAGCUGGACGGGGGAAGAGUCAAACUCACCGUCAAUCUAGAUUGUAUCGGGAUAGACUGUAACCUUAGUAAAGGACCGGAGACUCUUUUUGCAGGGCAAAAGCUGAAUGACAAUGAGUGGCACUCUGUGAAGGUGGUACGGCGUGGGAAGAGUCUGCAGCUCUCUGUCGACAAUGUGACCGUGGAUGGCCAGAUGAGUGGAGCACACACUCAGCUGGAGCUCCACCACAUAGAGACGGGCAUCAUGACUGAGCGCCGCUUUAUCUCUGUCAUGCCUUCCAACUUCAUCGGCCACCUGCAGGGUCUCUCUUUCAACGGGAUGCCCUACCUGGAUCAGUGCAAGAACGGCGACAUCUCCUACUGCGAGCUUAACGCCCGUUUCGGCAUGCGCCGCAUCGUGGCCGAUCCGGUCAGUUUCCGGGACCGAGCCAGUUAUGUGGCGCUGUCCACCCUGCAGGCUUAUGCCUCCAUGCACCUCUUUUUUCAGUUCAAGACCACCAGCCCAGACGGUCUGAUGCUGUUUAACUCUGGAGAUGGCAGUGACUUCAUCGUGAUUGAGCUGGUGAAGGGGUUCAUCCAUUAUGUGUUUGACUUGGGCAAUGGGCCGUCUCUCAUGAAGGGCAACUCUGACAAGCCGCUCAAUGACAACCAGUGGCAUAAUGUGAUGGUGUCCCGCGACGACAGCAACGUGCACACGCUCAAGAUUGACUCCCGCACCGUCACACAGCACUCCAAUGGAGCCCGAAACCUUGACCUCAAAGGAGAGCUGUAUGUUGGAGGUGUGGGGAAGAGCAUGUACAACAGUCUCCCUAAGCUCAUAGCAUCUCGGGAUGGCUACCAGGGUUGCCUGGCCUCGGCUGAUCUAAAUGGCAGACUUCCCGACCUUAUCGCAGAUGCACUGCACCGGGUGGGCCAGGUAGAGCGAGGCUGUGAAGCCGGUCCUGGUACAACCUGCACAGAGGACUCCUGCUCCAAUCAGGGGGUGUGUCUGCAGCAGUGGGAGGGGUUUACCUGUGACUGCACCAUGACGACAUAUGGUGGUCUCCUCUGCAGUGACCCUGGGACCACAUAUAUUUUUGGCAGAGGAGGAGCGCUCAUCACAUACACCUGGGCCCACAAUGAUCGGCCAAGCACCAGGGCAGACCGGUUGGCCGUGGGCUUCAGCACACAGCAGAGUGAUGCCAUCCUGGUGCAGGUAGAGAGCAGCCAGGGCCUUGGAGACUACCUGCAGUUGCACAUUGAACAAGGGAAGGUCGGUGUAAUCUUCAACGUGGGCACGGAUGACAUCACCAUAGAUGAGCCCGCAGUCACCGUGAACAACGGCAAGUACCACGUGGUUCGCUUUACGCGUAGUGGAGGCAAUGCCACCCUCCAGGUGGACAACCAGCCUGUCAUUGAACGCUUCCCAUCAGGGAACAUUGAUAAUGAACGGCUUGCAAUAGCCAGGCAAAGAAUUCCAUACAGACUCGGUCGGGUAGUUGACGAGUGGCUACUCGACAAAGGUCGGCAAUUGACCAUCUUCAAUAGCCAGGCAGCCAUAAAGGUGGGUGGUCAGGAUAAGGGGCGGCCAUUCCAGGGCCAGAUCUCAGGCCUGUACUACAACGGGCUGCAAGUGCUUAAACUGGCUGCGGAGGGGGAUCCUAACAUACAGGUGGCUGGGAACUUGCGUUUGGUGGGGGACGCGCCCUCCGUCCUGUCCACCGAGACCACCUCAGCCACCCCUCCAGCUGCGGCAGACAUGUCCACCACCAUUAUGGAGACCACCACCACCAUGGCCACUACCACCACCCGUAGACAGCGCUCUCCAAGCCUGAAGGACAGUAUCACACAGAACUCAGACGACCUGCUGGUGGCAUCGGCAGAGUGUCCCAGUGAUGAUGAGGAUCUGGAAGAGUGUGAGCCCGGCACUGGAGGUGAACUAGUGUUGCCCAUAAUAACCGUGGACACACAAGACCCCCUUUCCAUGGCCACCCGUUACCCUGCCAUACCCGCCCCUCCCACCUCCCUAACCCCUCUCCAGACCACCAAAGAAUCCCUCAUACUGUCCGACCCCCGCCCACCAUGCCCUCCAGACCAGGAGGACUGUGGCGACCCCAUGGAGGUGUCAGCCUUCGGCUCCGGAGAAAUGACGGAGUCUGAUGACGAGGACUUUUAUAAAAAUUCCCCUGUGGUCACUGACAGGACAGUCCUGCCUCCACCACCUGCCAUUGGCAAUAGCGCGGGCCAAGGUCCAGGUGAUCACCACUCACCGGUCCCCGAACCCACCACCCACCCUAACCAGCUCCACAUCCCGGCGGGCAAAAUGAACACCCGUGACCAGGUGCUCCUGCCCCCUGCCCCAUCCUCGCGUCACACACCAGGGCUAACCUACCCGCCUGAUUUCUCCCAUGUGCCCACAGCUCAUCCCACCGAUCUAAUAGAGAAGGGCCGCCCCGGCGCCGUGGAAGUGAUCCGGGAGUCCAGCAGCACCACAGGCAUGGUGGUCGGCAUUGUGGCAGCGGCUGCCCUGUGCAUCCUCAUCCUCCUUUACGCCAUGUAUAAAUACCGAAACCGAGAUGAAGGCUCUUAUCAGGUAGACCAGAGCGGCAACUCUGGCUCUGAAAGCAAUGGUGCUGUAGUCAAGGAGAAGAUGCCGAGCACGACCGCAGCUGUCGCCAAGACGACCACCAAGGGCAAGAAGAAUAAAGACAAAGAGUAUUAUGUCUGAGGAUUGAGUGUUUGUGUGUGUGUGUAUGUGUGUGUGAGAGAGAGAGAGAGAGAGAGAGAGAGAGAGAAGGGAAAGAGGUUAACAGAUAAGAUGUGGGCUGGGUGAGGAUUUUCAGAACUUCAAAUCACCUCCUCUGCAUCCUCAAACAUUUAAGCCACAAAAUCUUCUGUUUAUUUCUCCUACAAAAGUUUUUUUUUCCUCUUCUGGCACAGAAAGAUAAAGAUGGAGGGAAUGUUGAGGAAUGAACUUAGAUAGAUGGAUGAAUCCUACCUUCUUUACUCUCUUACAAAGCCGUUGUUGUAUGUAAUUUGAUCUCUUUCAUGUCUCAAGAAAAUCUUCCAUUACAUUUCAGAUGAUGUAAUGCUCUCUACAUUCUUUGCGAUUAAAAAUGUAUGUUUCGCGUGGUCUGAGCAUCCACGGGAAGGUAACAAAACACCAUGGACAGGGAGAGAAACCCGUCUUCGACAUGCAGUGUUUUACAAAUUUCUCAAAACACAUGGUCUUGGUGCCAUUCCUGGUUAUUUAUUUAAUAUUAACUUCAAAGAACUAUAAAAUUGAGAUAACAAAAUGUUCCCUGGCCCUCACAGUAAUAAUUUAUGUAGAACAGAAAGUGAUUGUGUUAGUUAUUUGCAUGAGACAAGCAGAUGCUGCUAUCAGUUCUUUAGGAUAGUCUGACACCUUUUAGUGAGAAAUAAAAUCAUUCGUUUGGAAACAUGGCAGAUAAGAUUGCAUCUUUUGCUUUGUAGUCCUGUAGAGCUGAAAUACCCGAGUAGUUUGGAUUCAUUUCUGCCUGGAUAUCUUUUGUCAGGUGUAUAAAUUAAGAUUAAUCUGCCCUUGUCAUGAAACACAUGAAUCGAAUUCUUUCUUUCUUGUUUAUCUGCCAUGGUUGAAUAAACACAUUCUUGCUUAGAAACACAUAUCAGCAGUUAGACAGCAAAGCCUGCUUUGACACCUCCACCAGCAGGUAUGAGAGAGCUCAGAUGGCUGUUAGAAAGGUAAGCGCCCAUCUAAUGACCAUGAAAGGCAUUCAAGAGAAGUCUCUCGCUCUCUCUCUCUCUCCAUGGUACUAAAACAUAGUGAUCUGUUUGCCUACUAAUUGUGUUCCAUGCAUGAUGUAUUCACAUUCAGCUUUCAAUGAGAGUUUUUAUAUGAUAUGAAAUGCAAAUCGUAAAGUUGACAACUCUAAUCUCAAUUGGAGUGAUUCAGAGCACACAUUUGCCAUAAAAGAGCAAGACAUGGACAAAAGGAAAACCCUUGGAAAGCUAGACUACCCUGAACUGAACAUCAGCUCGGUUGUAUCUAUGUAAAUACAGGACAUUGCUGAAAACACAUCAGGAUGCUGGUUUGUGUGUAUCGUGCUGGCAGUAUGUAUGCGUGUGUGUGUGUGUGUGUGUGUGUGUGUGUGUGUGUGUGUGUGUGUGUGUGUGUGUGUUUGUGUGCGUGUGCUUGUGUGUGAGUGUUUGUCCCUGUUUGUCCUCUGGCAUGAGAAAGAUAUACGCAAGACUACCAGAACUCUUUCUCAUGCCCCUUAUAUUCUCUAUGGUAUGAAACUACAGCCCAAAACCCAUCUGAAUGAGACUACUGACAGUGAAACAAACAGGAUAAGGCAAUGUGAAGAGGAAAUCAUAUUUUGAGAACUGUGUGGCAUUUCUACUGGGAGGAAAUAGAACUUGUGUAACUGCAUUGUGAUGCCAAUUCAACACCUUCCAAACCUUAAAGGAAAAGAAACCGUUAAGGAGCGAACUGACAGAACUUUUAAGGAUAAAACAGCACAACUUUGUGUCCAGACUUUUGUAUCAAUGAAGGACACCUCCUUGAAAGGAGAAUUAAAAAAAGAAAAGAAAGAAAAACACAGUAUACUAUCUAGAUAUUUCUCACAUUUGAAAAUAUGAGUUUCCUGAAUUGACAUUCCUUGUUAUCACAAAGAGGAUUUUGUUUAGUCCUUUCUCUGCAAAUGAAAAAAAAAAAUGUUAUUCACUACAGAUAUUACUUCAGUUACAUGAAGUGAUUUACAAAUGUGAAGUUCUGAAUUUAAAAAAAAAAAAAAAAUGUCUUUGGAAUUUUCUUGAAUUUGGUAAAAUAUUAAGCAUUACAUCUAGCCACACCUCUUUUUUGUUACAUCAUCAACAGGGCUUUUCUGUUUGUGAUAUUGUUUUGUUUUGUUUGUUCUUUUCAAAUAUAAUUGUCAUAUACA